AUGAAAAGAUUUAACAACUCCCCCUGCCUUUUUGCCAUUUGCAAUAUUCAUCUAAUAGUAGCAGUAAACUGUAACUGGACUCGGUGCUCUCAUUUAGCAGACACUGCUGCAGUAGACUGUUCUGGACAGCGUUUUGACAAGAUUGUACACACUGCAUGGCUAAAAGCACCUACUUCCGAAUUUUAUCCAAGCACUAUUGGAGGUCAAGUACACCUGCUCAAUUUGAGUGGGAACGCUUUCACAUCAAUCAGUUCCAGUUCUUUCUCAUCAUUAAGGCAUCCAGAAACCCUUGAAAUACUGGACAUAUCCCACAAUGUACUCAUGUUCAUAUCUCCUGGUGCCUUCAAAACUUUAUCAAAUCUUAAAAUCCUCUUAUUAAACAAUAAUCAGUUGCACGCACUAGAUCGUUUGUCAUUUGUUGAAUUGGAAUCCCUAGAAGAGCUGAGUCUAGAUUCAAAUCCGUUAUCUUCAUUUCCGGAUGGAACUUUUGCAUCGCUUAGCAAACUCCGUAGAAUAAGUAUCAUGUCGAAUCAGCUAUCAUGUGAUUGUCAAAUAGCCGAUUUACUUCGCUUUGUUAAGGAUCAGCAAGUACAAGUUUCGAAUCGGACGGUGUGCAUAUUUCCUCAUUCAUUGCGUGGAAUGGAAGUUGCAAGGCUGAAUGUGAAGACAUUGAAAAGAAGUUGUGGGAAAGGUGGUGAUUUUAAUCCGGCUGUGUUCGAUUUGGAGCCUAGUUCACGAUCAUUGAUCGUGUAUCCGGGUGAUGAGAAGAAUAUCACAUGCAAAGUAUCAAAAUCUAAUGACGUACAAAUGGAAUGGGUAAAAAACAAUGUCCCACUGGCUCAAUCUUCACGAUUAUUCACCACACAUUACAAUGACAGUGAAUUUCUAUACCUGAAACUCUGUUUGAAUCCAGUGACUUGGGAAGACGAAGGUGAUUGGACCUGCUAUGUGGAACAAGAUCGAUCGGUGUUGAGGAACACAGUACGUAUGACACCAGUUCUGGUGAACACGGUUCACUGUGUCCAGGAAUGGCAAGCGGAUGAAAAAGGUGAAAUAAUUUGGGCAUUUUCUAAGCAAGGAUUAGUUACGGCGAAAUGUCCUAACGGUCCGGCAAAUUCCAAAGCAUAUCGACGAUGUAAACACGGUAAAUGGGAAACACCAGACACAAGUCAAUGUGCCUACACUUCUCCGCUAAUUAAAUAUUUUUUGACACUGUUACAAGAUAAACGAACGUCUCAGUAUGUGAACGAAUUAUUUCGAAUAAAGAGGCGGCCAUUCAAAAUGUCUGCUUAUGAAACUCGCCUUGUUGGUUGGCUCAUAGGUAAUGCAACAGGUUUAUCCAGUCGACAGAUGCUGGCUGCACUGAAUUUUGUUUUACAGUCUGAAUUUGCCCGCACUGAACUUAACGGUAAUAGCUGCUGUUUUGCUCUAUGA